AUGGGGAACUCCGCGGGGGCGUACGCGCUCCGCAACGAACAUGUUUCAUCAGCCGUGUCGACGAACAGAGAGAUUUCUGUCGACGACAACGCAGACCGUCGUCCGGGCAGAAUUCAUGCAUCUUCGUUAGUCUCUCCUGCCGCCGGUGGCGGAAAUAAUGGUUCCAACGCAUCAUCGCUAGACCCCAUAGCCGUGCCUCGUGUCGGUGUGGAGAACGAGGGCGUCGGCGCAGUAAAUUCGGCGAGUUCCGCAUCCAGGGAGACUCUCUCUCCAUCUGGAGGCGACGCCCAAGCGCAAGGCGUCAGUACAGCUCCAUCAGGAGCACCGCCACAGGGGACUCAGAUUCUAGACCCAUCUGCGGAGACCUGUGCAGUGCGGGAGAAAGCUACACAGACGCUGCCGCCGAUGCAUCCCCCCAUUCAUUUCUGCGCGGAGACAAACGAUCCACAAGAUCCGUGCAAUGCCCAGUGGCUGUUGUUGUGGACGUACGCAGCGUAUGCGUCGCCGCGUCCAAACGCGGAAGAGCAGCGACAUCUGCGUGUGUUUUUCGAAGAAUUCCCAGAUCAGUGCACGUUCGGCCCCGCUGCAAGGUGUUACAGCGAGGCUGUCAAGACGUUUGCCCCGAGGGUAGAAAGCCGACGGGACUUGCUGUUGUGGCUGUGCUUGGUGGAGAACCAGUGUCGGUUGAAGCUGGACGUGCCCGCGAGACCUUGCAGGUACAGCGAACUCGUGCGCCGAUGGAGAUAUGAAGAUGGUUACCUCUGA